GCGACACAAACACUUUUCCUUUCUCUGAUUGUUUCGGCACAGCAACCAAAUACGUCGCUUAUUGGAACAUGGUAAAAGGCAACACAAAAGAAGUACAACAAUGAAGUGGCUCGACGGUAUUUAAAGGCUGGUGAUUAGCACGAUGGGCAUCAGUUAGCCAACUGUCUCAAACAUCGUAUACCAACUUCUCAACAUGCAGUUCUUCGUACUGGCCGCCUUGAUCGCUGUCGCCGCAGCCAAUUCCGCUUACCCAGAAGGCCCAACGUAUCCAACUUCAUCUUACAAUAGGCCUUCUUACUCGGCUUCAACUUACGAGACCGGGGAAUACCCCGCCCAGCCGUACUCUUUCAACUGGGCCGUCAACGAUGGUUAUGGCAACGACUACUCGCACUACGAGAGCAGCGACAGCAAAGUAACGACCGGCACCUACCGCGUCGUACUGCCCGAUGGUCGUGUUCAAAUCGUGACCUACAAAGCUGAUGACUACGGAUACACGGCUGAUGUCAAGUACGAAGGCGAAGCCAAGUACCCCGCUGCCUCCUACUCCGCACCGGCUUACUCCGCACCUGCAUUCACCUCCCCUCCGGUCACGGCUCCUGCUGUAUCAUCACGUACUUACUCCGCACCCGUUUUCACGUCUCCGGCUGUCCCAUCUCCUGCUUUCGCCUCUCCUGCUGUCACCGCUCCUGCCUCCACCUCUCGUACUUACUCCGCACCAGUUUUUACGUCUUCCGUCACCGUUCCUGGCCGCCCUGCCCAACCCAGCACUGUUCCGGCAACUGGAUCCGUCUACAUCACUUCCAGUAACGUUGUUCGCGACUACUAAGCCAAAUGCGUUCUGAAAUAUAUGUAUACAUCAAACAGAUGUCAAAUUAAAUAUUAAAAUAUAUACAUACUAUUA